UCAUCAGCGUUAUCGAAAAGAUGAUUUUGGCUUUCAGGUAAUCAGGUUGUAAGAGUUGCGUGCGAAUUUGGAAUAUAUUUAAUGCAAAAAUCUGAUGCCCAUAUUUAUUUUUUCCAUUUCGUUCUUUAAACUUCAAAACCAACCCAAAUUGAUCUCUUACCAAAAUUCGAGCUUCCAAAGUUCUGCUUUCUCCAUAUUAUUCACUGAGGAGAAGUAAAUUUCCAGACAAGAUGCAGAAAUUGUUUGCAGCGAGGUCCCUCGCUUCUUCAUUAUUCAGAAGAACCCACCGUUCCGCAGCUUUCUCCACAUCUCUCCUCUUUGACGAUACCCAGAAACAGUUUAAAGAAAGCGUGUCUCAGUUUGCUCAAGAAAACAUUGCACCUCAUGCCGCAGAGAUCGACAGAUCUAAUUACUUACCAAAGGAUGUUAACCUGUGGAAAUUGAUGGGAGAUUUUAACCUCCAUGGGAUCACAGCUCCAGAGGAAUAUGGAGGGCUCGGCCUUGGCUAUAUAUACCAUUGUAUAGCUAUGGAGGAAAUUAGCCGUGCCUCCGGGUCAGUUGGUCUUUCAUAUGGUGCACAUUCUAACCUAUGCAUAAAUCAAUUGGUGAGGAAUGGGACUCCUGCACAGAAGCAAAAGUACUUGCCAAAGCUAAUAAGCGGGGAGCAUGUAGGAGCUCUUGCAAUGAGUGAACCUAAUGCUGGCUCCGACGUAGUUAGCAUGAAAUGCAAAGCUGAUCGUGCUAAAGGUGGUUACAUUCUGAAUGGGAACAAGAUGUGGUGCACUAAUGGUCCUGUUGCCGAGACAUUGGUUGUCUAUGCAAAAACAGAUAUGGCUGCUCACUCAAAAGGAAUCACAGCAUUUAUCAUAGAGAAGGAUAUGCCUGGAUUUAGCACCGCCCAGAAACUGGACAAACUUGGGAUGCGUGGAAGUGAUACAUGCGAGCUAGUGUUUGAAAAUUGCUUUGUUCCUGAAGAAAACAUUCUGGGCCAGGAGGGGAAAGGAGUUUAUGUCAUGAUGUCGGGGUUAGAUCUGGAGAGGCUUGUUUUGGCAGCAGGCCCUCUAGGAAUCAUGCAGGCAUGUCUUGAUGUUGUUCUUCCCUAUGUCAAACAGCGAGAACAAUUUGGCCGACCAAUUGGGGAAUUUCAAUUUAUACAGGGAAAGAUUGCUGAUAUGUAUACUUCAUUACAGUCUUCAAGGUCAUAUGUAUACUCCGUUGCUAGGGACUGCGACAGUGGAAUUAUUAAUCCAAAGGACUGUGCUGGUGUCAUACUUUGUGCAGCUGAAAGAGCUACACAAGUUGCUCUUCAGGCGAUUCAGUGUCUGGGUGGCAAUGGCUACGUAAAUGAAUACCCGACUGGGCGUUUCCUGAGGGAUGCCAAAUUAUACGAGAUUGGAGCUGGAACGAGUGAAAUUCGAAGAAUGAUUAUUGGCCGUGAACUCUUCAAGGAACAGUGAGGAUGCUGCUUCUCGAUGCUGUGGUCUAAGUAUCUUUACAAUUAUGCUGUUAUACUUGAUCUCACCUGCUAGGCUGUAGCUUCACUCACCAACUUUACAAAGUUAUAUACAAAAUUUCGCAUUAGAAGAAUAUCUUAAUAUGAUUUAUGCAAAUAUUAUAUUGUAAACUUAAGUACAAUAAAUCUAUUGUUGCAACAUGAUAAAUUUGUUGAAUGGAUAUGUUUUAACAGAUUUAUAUGAA